UUGUUGAUGGAACAGGUGAUGCUCUCAGUUUGAAGAUCGUUGGGAAGAUACGUAUCAGGAGAAUAUAAAUAGAGGAGAUUCUCGUAGAUAUUUCUCAAGUGACACAAUCGACGGUAUUCUCUGAUGGAUUAGUUAGAAAGAUAUAUUAUAUAUAUCGAAACGAAUUCAAAGAUGGAAGAGGUGGAUAUACAACAGGAAUCGAGAGAUCAAGUAGGGAACUUGAUCUUUUCUCCGCCACCGAUGAAAAAAUCUGAUACGAGGGACAGUAUUUCCUCUGUGGACAGUGACGUGAGCCUUUCCUUCGAUCGAAGAGGCUCGAAGGGAGAAGAGGCUGACCUAUCGGACAGUGGAAGUUCGGACAAUGAGAAGAAAAUGAAGGAUGCAUCGUUGUUACAACGAAAGAAUAGUGAUCCAGAUUCUGGAGCAGAUUCGUUGGAAGAGACGAGCGUCAAAGACUCGAAGCGGGAAGAGAUAUCGGAAGUAAGUAUAGGUACACAGGCGGACGAUUUCGUCCCUCCGUCCGAUGAAUUGGCCGAGAAGAUUUGCGCCCAGGUAGAGUUCUAUUUCUCCGACGAGAAUAUCGUGAAAGACGCAUUCCUGCUGAAACACGUGAAAAGGAACAAAGAGGGAUACGUGUCACUGAAGCUUAUAUCGAGUUUUAAAAGGGUGAAACACUUAAGCAGAGACUGGAGAGUCGUAGGGGCUGCUCUUGCGAAAUCGAGGAAGCUUCAAGUGAAUCCACAGGGUAGCAAGUUACGUAGAGUCGAUCCUUUGCCGCCUUUCGAUCAAACUACACCGUCGAGAACGAUUCUAGCCGCGAGACUUCCAGUAGAGAAAUUGUCGGUUGAAUCUGUCGCUGAAAUCUUCAGGCCGUGCGGAGAGAUCGCUCUCAUCAGAGUACUUCGACCUGGCCAUCCUGCACCAGCCGAGGUGCGUCAAGCAAUCGCCAAGAGGCCAGAAUUGGCAUCGAGCGAGGAGUGCGCCAUGGUCGAGUUCACGGAUUCAGCGUCCGCUCGUACCGCUUUACAAAUGACCUUGGGCGAUGCCAAGGUGUUCGAAUUGCAACAAUCCAGCGACAAGAAGAGGAAACAGCAACCGGCGAAGAAAAGUGCCCUGACGAGGUUGACCAAAGAGGAAGUUUACAACUCCUCGAGUUGCGCCAGCGGAUCCGAGCCAGAAGAUGGAAGAGUCAGACACAAGAAGCCCAUUCAUGGUUAUCCAAUGUAUCACGCUUAUCCUCCCCAUCCGUUCCAAGGACCUCCGUCGCCAGAUGCAUGGUUAUCUCGUCGACUGUCCGCUUGUUCGAUCUCGGGCUCAGAGAAUGGUUUUAUACUUCGUCGUUUGUCAUCCUGUUCUGGUUCUGGUUCAGAGGCCGGAAGUUUCGGCAGACGUUACUCUGCUUGCUCUUCCGGCUCUGAGACCGGUUACUGUCAUCCAGUUUUCCCGCCAAAUUAUUAUUAUCAAGAGAAUCGGCGUUUUUCUUGCUGCUCGAGUUCCGGUUCCGAAUGCAGUAGUGCUUGUUAUCAUUCUAGUCGCCGUGGUUCUGCGGAUUACAGUCCAUUUUUGAGAAGAUUGUCUGCUUGCAGCCGAGAUUCUACCUUUGAUUCAAGUUCCAGAAGGUUGUCACUGUGCUCGUCUGGUUCUGAGCAGGGAGGUUAUUGUCGACCGAGGAGCAACAGUGGUAUAGCGUUGACACAUUUACCAGAAAACGUGACGAGAAUGCCAUCUGGACCUGAUGGAACGCGUGGAUUUGGCCGACCUGUGAAAAUGAAUAUUAUGUCACCAACCAUGGAACCCACUUGUUAGAAAUGUCAAUUACUUUUAAGAGUUUUCAUCGUGAAUAGACUGGUUCAUACGUUCAUCGAUUUCUCGUUCUGUUUGUUGAAUGGCCGAUUAUCUGUUGUUUCAAAUAGAUUAAAAAAGAAGAAACAAAA